CUGUCCCCAGGACUCAAUGCUCCACUCAAAGUUUGCUGCACUGACUCUUUAACUCUAAAUAAUGCCAGUGUACUGCAUACAAACUUGUUCUUUCUCUAACAUCCAAAAAUGUCUUCACAGAAUAAGGUCACUGAUUCUUGAGUUGCUUUCAAUUAAUACUUGGACUUUGAUUACAAAUAAACUUCAGUUUAACUUGAAACCUGCAAAAUUCGAUCAGUAUUAUGAUGAAUAAAUGAAGGCAUGCACAAUGUCUCUGAUGAUGCAGUCAACAGUGGCUGGCAUGCUGAGCUGAGCACCCAAAUGUCUUCUGAAUCUUGCAAAGUUGAGUCUGAUGCUACAGAGGCCAGUGGCUCAUCUCCUCCCCAGGAAAUGGUGGCAGUUUACAUCAAGGAGGAGCCUCAAGAUGGAGGAGAGGACAUGGCUGUGAAGGUGGAACCAAUUGACAGUAGUGAAAAAGAGUGUGGUUCAGACAGUGGGUCGUCGAGGGUGUGUGCAGCUCCUGCUUCUAGAAGAGGUUCAACAAUGAGUUCAAGUGACAAUAUAAAGCUUAUUUUAGCCGUUAAAAAACACCCUGCAGUUUGGGAUACGGCCUGCAGCGACUACACAGAUAAGAUUGAAAAAGUCAAUGCAUGGAAGACCAUAUGCAAAGAGGUUACAGUAAAUUAUGCAGAAAUCAAAGAUGACGAAGCAAAAAAUAAUGUUGCUAAACAACUUCAGACGAAAUGGAAAACCCUGCGUGAUGCUUUCCGAAAGAAUCAAAAUUUAAUUCGAAAUACUCCAUCUGGAUCAGGCACAAACAAACAUGUACGCCCAUACUUGUAUGCCCCGCAAAUGCAAUUUCUGUUGAAGACUUUUGAUGCCGCAGAAAAUGCCUCAAAUAAUCCAACACCUACUAAUAAUAACCAAGAUGAAACAAAAGUUCAACUUUCUUCGAAAAUUGAUAGAAAACCUAAGAAAUCAAGACCUAUGGAUAUGCAGAUACCUGACUACCUUAAGAAGCCAGAUGACAGCGGAUCAGAUGAGAUAGGAUUAUUUUUCAGGUCUUUGAAAUCAUUUGUUAAAGAUUUUACCAAAGAAGAAACAUUGGAGCUGAAAGCACGGGUUAUAUCCAUAAUCUCUGACAUAAGAAAAUUUAGAAAUAACUAUCCCCGUAACAAUGUCGCAGGAACAAGUGAAGCUUCAACAUUUUACACGUAUAACAACAAUAUGUCAACUAAAGAACCACUGGUUUGGACUCACUCUCUAGUAGAGAGGUUAAUCGAUCUUUAUAGAGACCACGAAUGCCUAUGGAGAGUUACGUCCAAGAAAUAUAAAAAUCGAAUUGCAAAAGAAAAAGCUAUGGUAAAAAUAGUUGGAGUUUUAAGAAACUUUUGUGCACAAGUCACUGUUGCCGAGGUUCGCAAGAAAAUUCAUACAUUACGUUCGCAAUUCCAUCGUGAAAUGAAGUUAAUACGAGAAUCAACGGAAUCUGGCGCUGGUGCUGACCAAAUGUACACACCGAAACUCUGGUGCUUUGAAUCAUUGAUGUUCAUCAAUGACAUCGAUGCUCAUCGUCAGUCCACGUCUACACUCGACGAAGACGUUCAGGUUUCAAAUGAUGGAACAGAAGGUGAUCAGGACCAAACUAUUCCGCAUGAAGAGUAUUUUGAUGAUACAUUCACGGAAGCAACAACCCCUUCAACACCAUCUUCUCCUUCUAGAUCAAAUACUCCUUCUCUGCCUGAAAGUUUGCAGUCAACCGCGACUGCGUUGCCAAGCACUACUUCAUCAGAAGCUUUAAUACUCACACCAAUGCAAAAAACGAGUAAUCUCACUCAAAAGAAAAGGAAGAUAGAUCCAACUGAUGAGUUAAUUCAGGUUGCGUUAUCUAAAUUGACGGAGAAGAAAAAUGAUGAUGAUGACUUAUCAGCAUUUGGCGUAGUGGUGGCUACGCAAAUUAGAAACAUGAAUAAAACACAGGCAACCAUUUCUAGAAAAUUAAUCAAUGAUGCAUUGUUCAUGGGAAGUAUGAAUAUGUUGGAGACAAAUUCACGUAUUGUGACCGCAUCAAAUUGCACUGACAAUAUGAACUUCUAAUUGUCAUUUCAACGAAGAUAAAAGUCUGAUUACUGUUUAUGUAGAGGUUAUUCUAUUUGAUAUUCUUUAUUAUAUAUCAUAUUUUUGUAACGUAGGUUUCGUCCAGAAAAACUUGAAACUCAUGGGGAUGUUAUUUUUGUUACUUAUUAGGAUAUAGGAAAUGGAUUACCUCGAACUUGGAAGAAUUGUUUCCAUUUCAGUUAAACUAUUGUUGUUAUUGUGCACUGAAGUUUUCAGUGCAUUCAAUUGACAUACAUUGUUUUCUCUGGUCUCUCCUGUGCACAUUUAUUAUACAUGACCUCGUCUAAAACUCCACCAACAAACUUAUACACUUGCACGCUUCUCACCCGAUACAGUUUUCGCCUUCCUCUCAUUUCUCUUAAUAAAUUAUUCUCUCGCUCGCCUACCAGCAUAAACUAACAGAAUAUAGUUACACUGCUUUUAUUUUCCUGCCUAUUAUUAGCACGGUCUUAACCCGUUCAUUGGUAACCUCGUUGAGAUGACUAUCGAACGCCUUCGAUAUUUUAUACUAAGUUAUGUUUUAUAUAAUGAAAUUUUAG